CCCUCCUUCCUUGCAGCGACGACCAGGCAGCAAUUACGCUUUGGGGAUAAAACGAGGCGCAGAGCACGGCCAGGGCAUUCCUCCCCGAGAUGGCUGGUCUGACGGCAGCGGCCCCGCGGCCUGGAGUGCUGCUCCCGCUUCUGCUCUGCCUCCUCCACCCCGCGCAGCCCGGAGGGGUCCCAGGGGCAGUUCCCGGUGGCAUCCCCGGAGGUGUUCUCGGAGGAGUCUAUUAUCCAGGGACUGGGCUCGGAGGCCUGGGAGGAGGAGGGCUGGGACCCGGAGGCAAACCACCCAAGCCAGGUGCUGGGCUGCUGGGGACGUUUGGGGUCGGUCCUGGUGGGCUCGCUGGCGCUGGUGCCACCCCUGGAGCAGGGAUCGGAGCCUUUCCUGCAGGCACCUACCCAGGGGCCCUGGUGCCUGGUGGAGCAGCAGGGGCUGCCGCUGCUGCUUAUAAAGCUGCCAAGGCUGGUGCCGGGCUCGGCGGUGUUGGAGGACUUGGCGUUGGUGGUGUUGGCGGCAUUGGCGGCGUUGGCGGUGUUGGUGGUGUUGGUGGACUUGGUGGCUUAGGAGUGUCUACAGGUGCCGCAGUGCCUCAGCCUGGAGUGGGAGUUGGAGCUGGAGGAAAGCCAGGGAAAGUUCCGGGUGUGGGGCUCCCAGGUGUGUACCCAGGUGGAGUGCUCCCAGGCACAGGAGCUCGCUUCCCUGGAGUGGGGGUGCUCCCUGGGGUCCCCACUGGAACCGGAGUCAAGGCCAAGACCCCAGGCGGGGGUGGAGCUUUUGCCGGAAUCCCAGGGGUUGGGCCCUUUGGGGGCCAGCAGCCUGGGGUCCCCCUGGGGUACCCCAUCAAAGCACCUAAGCUACCAGGUGGCUACGGACUGCCCUACACCAACGGCAAGCUGCCCUAUGGAGUUGCUGGUGCAGGGGGCAAAGCUGGCUACCCGACAGGGACAGGGGUUGGUUCCCAGGCAGCAGCCGCAGCAGCAAAAGCAGCGAAGUAUGGUGCUGGAGGAGCAGGAGUUAUCCCUGGCAUCGGAGGGGGAGGCAUCCCUGGCGGGGCUGGCGCCAUCCCUGGGAUUGGAGGCAUCGCAGGUGUUGGGACACCAGCGGCAGCUGCUGCUGCAAAGGCUGCUGCAAAGGCUGCCAAGUACGGGGCUGGUGGAGGCCUGGUGCCUGGUGGGCCAGGAGUUAGGGUCCCAGGCGUUGGGAUCCCAGGUGUCAGAGGCCCAGGUGUUGGGAUUCCAGGAGUUGGGAUUCCAGGUGUUGGGAUUCCAGGUGUCGGGGUCCCAGGUGUCGGGGUCCCAGGCAUUGCAGAUGGAGCAGGGCCUCUUGGGCCAGCUGCAGCUGCUAAAGCAGCGGCCAAAGCAGCUAAAUACGGUGCCCAGGCCGGAGUAGGAGUUGGGGGCAUCCCCGCCUAUGGGGCCGGGGUUGGAGCCGGGGGCUUUCCUGGCUUUGGUGUCGGACCAGGAGUCGGAGUCGGAGUUGGACCUGGAGUGGGAGUCGGACCUGGAGUCGGAGUCGGAGUUGGAGGUGUCCCUGGAGCUGGCCUUUCUCCUGCAGCCCAGGCCGCCGCCGCCGCCAAAGCUGCCAAAUACGGUGCAGCAGGAGCCGGAGGCCUGGGAGGAGUGGUGCCAGGUGCAGUGCCAGGCGCAGUGCCAGGUGCAGUGCCAGGUGUAGUGCCAGGCACCGGAGGAGUGCCAGGAGCAGGGACGCCAGCAGCUGCAGCCGCCAAAGCUGCCGCCAAAGCCGCCCAGUUUGGGUUAGGCGGUAUCGGCGGGGUUCCAGGCGGCGUCGGUGUUGGUCCUGGAGGUGUUGGCGUUGGUCCUGGUGGCCUCCUGCCUGGUGGUGUUGGCACCGGGAUUGGACCUGGUGGUAUUACAGGAGUCGGGACUCCAGCUGCAGCCAAGUCUGCUGCUAAAGCAGCCGCCAAAGCCCAGUACCGUGCUGCUGCUGGGCUGGGCGCUGGUGUCCCUGGCUUUGGAGUUGGUGCUGGGCUUCCUGGCUUCGGAGCUGGUGUUGGUAUUCCUGGUGCUGGAGCUGGUGUUGGUGUUGGUGUCCCUGGAUUUGGAGCUGGGGCUGUACCUGGCUCUCUGGCAGCAGCUAAAGCAGCCAAAUACAGGGCAGCAGGGCUCGGGGGUCUUGGUGGACCCGGGGCCCUUGGAGGACCUGGAGCUCUUGGAGGACCUGGGGUCCUGGGAGGAGCGGGUGUCCCUGGUGGUGUUGUAGGAGGUGUGCCUGCUGCCUCUGCCGCUGCCGCCAAAGCUGCUGCCAAAGCUGCCCAGUAUGGACUGGGGGGAGCCGGGGGCCUCGGAGUAGGAGGACUUGGGGUUGGUGGCCUUGGAGCCGGAGGACUGGGGGCUGGUGGCCUCGGAGGUGUGUCUCCAGCUGCUGCUGCUAAAGCAGCCAAAUAUGGUGUGGCAGCCAGACCUGGCUUUGGACUGUCCCCCAUUUACCCAGGGGGCGGUGCCGGGGGCCUGGGAGUUGGUGGGAAGCCCCCCAAGGCCUACGGAGGGGCCCUGGGAGUCCUAGGAUAUCAAGGUGGGGCCUGCCUGGGGAAAUCCUGUGGCCGGAAGAGGAAGUGAGCUUCCGGGGGGACCCCUGACUCUCGACCUCAUCUACGUUGGUGCUACUGCUUGGUGGAGAAUGUAGACCCUCUGAAACCCCACCCCACCCCCACCCCACCUGGGAGGAGACGGCAGACCUGCGGCCUUGGACACCCACAGACAGGACAAGGAAACAAGAGCGGGGUGGCCUCAGGCCCCAAAUGGGGGCCCCUCCUUCAGAGGCCAUGGCUGGGUGGGAUCGGGCCCUCCCCACUCCUCCCCACCUGGGAGCUCCCUACCCGCCAGCCUCCACCUUCGGGGAAAUUGGUGCUACACGCUGGUGCUCUCGUCUUCCUGGGGGAGGAGGAGGGAAGGGCAGCCUUGGGGAUCCCCCUCCCCAGGGCUCCUCUGAAGAUGGUGCCCACAUUUCCUGGGCAGUGCCACCUCCCCCUGCCCAUCAGGAGCCACCCCUGGCUGCAGUCCAGUUGGUACCCAAGCGCCGGAAACCUAAAGCUGGAUUCAGUCAUACUGUCUCCCUCCCCCUCCCCAUGGCUGUUCCCUACAUCCGGAACCUCUGUAGUCCCCGGAUAAAAUCCUCGGGAAGACCCCACACACACAACACUGGGAAUGGCCCCCUUGCUCUUGAGGAGCCCACCUGCCCGUCCGUCCAUCCAUCCAUCCGUCCUUCCGUUCUUGUCCCCAGUCAACUGCCCAGUUACACUAGCCGGCUGGGCACACCUGUCGUGGCAGCCUGCGCCCCGCCUCCACCCCACUGCACACCCCAAUGCUGGCCCAGGGUGUGAGAGGCUGUGUGGGCUGGGGGGACAGGACCCUGAUCCUCAGCCCCAAUCUCCCCACACGCAGUACUGUACCCCCGACCCUCCCUUGAGCCACCAUAACUACAGAGCAUGUCUCACUCCCAUCUCUUCGUGUCUCGCUGUGAUAGAUCAAUAAAUAUUUUAUUUUUUGUCCUGGAUAUUUGGGGAUUAUGUUUGAUUGUUGAUGUUCUCCUUGGGUUUUAUUUUUGUGGUUCAUUGGAAAAUUUUUUUUUCUUCUUUUUGUUGAUCUGGGGAGCUGUACCCCAGUAGAAAUUUCAUUUUAAUCACUCUGGUGUAACUCUGGAUGGAACACA